AAACAACUAUGGCUACUGAAAGUGGUGGCUCCGUUUGUGGCUUCUUGCUGCAAGUUUUACGUGGAAGAUGGUUCAUGAUGUUCGCUUCUUUUUUAAUCAUGGCCGGCGCCGGCGCAACUUAUCUCUUCGGCGUUUAUUCCAAAGAGAUUAAAGUAACUCUGGGCUACGAUCAAACAACUCUCAAUAUUCUAAGCACGUGCAAGGACCUCGGCGCCAAUAUCGGAGUCCUUUCAGGCCUAUUGGCGGAGUUUACACCCCCCUGGUUCGUCCUUCUCGUCGGUGCCGCCAUGAACUUCGUAGGCUAUUUCAUGAUCUGGCUCGCCGUGGUGAAGAAAAUCGCCAAACCAAAGGUCUGGCAAAUAUGUAUGUACAUUUGUAUCGGGGCAAAUUCUCAGAAUUUCGCCAACACUGGCUCGCUCGUCACUUGCGUUAAGAAUUUUCCUGAGAGCAGAGGCAUGAUGCUGGGGAUAAUGAAGGGGUUUGUGGGAUUAAGCGGCGCCGUUUUUACUCAACUUUAUCUUGCAAUUUACGGAAACGAUGCUAAAUCUUUGAUUCUUCUUAUUGGGUGGCUGCCGGCUGUGAUUUCAGUAGUGUUUGUUUAUACUAUUAGACCACUGAAGGUUUCUGCUCAUCCGAAUGAGAUGAAUGUGUUUUAUCAGUAUCUUUAUAUCACAAUCGCCAUGGCUGUGUGUUUAAUGGGGCUAACCGUAGCUCAAAAAGAAGUUCAUUUUUCUCACUUCGGUUAUGUAGGAAGCGCCAUUGUUGUCUGUGCUUUUAUUUUCAUGCCUCUUUUGAUUGCAUUUAGAGAAGAAUACAGCGAAUGGAAACUUAAAAAACAGCCUCCUCCGGCUCCUACAAGUAUUCUUGUUCAUGAAGUUACAAAAAAAUCUGAAAUUUCAGAGAUUGAAGAAGAGCCACAAACCCAGAGCAAAGAAGACCAUGAAGUUGCAUGCUGUGGCAACAUCUUCAAGAAGCCAAAGAGAGGCGAAGACUAUGGGAUUUUGCAGGCGCUUUUAAGUGUUGAUAUGUUGAUUCUUUUCUUGGCGACAUUCUGUGGCCUCGGCUGCAGCUUAACUGCAAUGGACAAUCUGGGCCAAAUCGGUGAAUCUUUAGGCUAUCAGCAGGACAUCGUCAAGACAUUUGUUUCUCUCGUCAGCAUUUGGAAUUACUUCGGCAGAGUUUUUGCAGGCUUCGUUUCCGAAAUCAUUCUCCUAAAAUACAAAAUCCCUCGCCCUCUUAUAAUGGCAAUCGCCCUGAUUCUCUCCGCCGUCGGCGACCUUCUAAUCGCAUUCCCCAUGCCGGGUUCAGUCUACGUUGCUUCUUUACUCGUUGGGUUCUCAUUUGGGGCUCAAUUAACGCUGCUUUUCAUCAUCAUAUCGGAGCUUUUCGGAUUGAAAUACUACUCGACGCUUUUCAACUGCGGUCAACUGGCCAGCCCCCUCGGGUCAUACGUGUUCAAUGUCGUGAUUGUGGGGAGACUUUACGAUAGAGAAGCGACGAGGCAGCUUGCCGAGAAGGGUUUAACGAGGGCAAUGGUGAAGGAGCUGACUUGCAUUGGGAGGCAAUGUUACCGGCUCUCCUUCUCGAUUCUUGCUGGUGCCAACAUUUUUGGAGCUCUUGUCACGUUUAUUUUGGUGAUGAGGACUCGUAAAUAUUAUAGCGGAGAUAUAUACAAGAAAUUCAGAGAAGAAAUUGCUGCUAAUGAGAAGCAAAAUCAAGGUGGUGGAAAUUGAGGUUUUUUUAAUUUUUACUGUCAAUUUGUAGCUUUUUUGUUCUUGACUUUUUAUACAUCUGGGAGGUUGAAACAUUAUGGAAUUUAGUAAAUUCCAUUUCCACCCAAGGUUUAGAAUAAAGAACAAUUGAUU